GUGGGAGUUUAGAUGAAGAUGUGGGGAUUAAGCGGUACGAAGUCUCUGACCCACUGACAUUCUCUUUAGUUACUUGGUAGACACAAACGUCGAUAAUUUGUGACUUUCAAUACUUUCAAUGUCCGUAAUCAGGAUUAUUGGUAGAGUAAUAUUUAAGAAAAGAAGGUAACCACCUUCGGAAGGAACGAACGAUCGAUCGAAUCUCAUUUUGAGAUGCGGUUUAAUCGCGGCUUGGUAACUGGUGUCGCUGCUUGCUUGACAGUUUUCUUCAUCAUUUUAAAUUUGAAGUCAACUAUAGAGACUGUAAACAAUUCGGGGAUAAAUAUAAAAGAGCCUUACGUUGGGGAACAAAAUAUCCACAAGGAUCAGACGUAUCGAUAUGUUACCCCCUCUCUCGCGGAAUUAGCUGCUCGUGGAGCUUUGCCGAAGAUGAAUAAACAUAUUUUAAUGUUGACUCGUGUACCCGACGCCGGAGCCGAACUCUUUGUCCUGUUGCUACAACGUUUGCAGGGUUACAAUGCAUUUAAGCAUAUACGAUUACCACCUGGCGAUCACGGCCUUCUAUCAACUUUGCAAGAGGAACUUUUAGUAGAAGAAAUUACUAAUAUCAUAAGACAGGAAGCGAUUCCUUUAAGUUUCGACGGAGAUGUCAGAUUCUUAAACUUUUCAAAGUUCGGGCGAGAGUCUCCAUCAUUCAUUUCCUUAGUAAGGAAUCCUAUAGGAGUACAAAAUUUUCUGAGAUAUCACGAGAGACGAAGAAAUAUGCUGGAAAAUAGAGCCAUACCCAUAUUUUGCGGUCAAGAUCCUCGAUGCUCAGAAAUAAAUAACAAGUGGGCGUUACAACGGGCCAAAGCGAACGUCGUUGAAUGGUAUCCUGUUGUCGGAAUAUUGGAGUGCAUGGAACAAUCGAUAGAUUUACUGGAAUACAAAUUUCCAUAUUUCUUUCGAGGUGCUAAGCAUAGUUACAAAAAAAUUCAAUCGAAAAAUAAACAUUUUCCCGACCCCGAAUUUAUGUUAAAUUCGCAAAAAGGCUAUAAUAUUUUGUCUAAACUCUUCGAGGAUGAAAUAGAGUUUUAUCAAUGGUUGAAAUUGCGACUUUUAAACGAAACAUUGAAGAAGAAACGGUGAUGAGGGCCAAUAUUCGUCGAGAAAGGAAAUUUCGUCACGUUUGUCUCGAAGAUACGUACCAAAGAUAAUUAAUAAUAUUAAAGAAAAUUUUCCUGAGAAAAAGGAAUAUGGUGAAUGAAUUAUUUCUCUUUUCUAUUUUUUUUUAUUCAAAUCUUAUGAAAUUAAAUCUUCCAUUAUUUAGGAUGCGUGUACAAAAAAAUAUUAUUUUUCCAUUGUUACAGCUUAUAAUUUAUUCAUUUUUUACAUUCGUAAGUUUAUCAUAACAAUAAGUAUAAUUAUUUAUACAUGUAGGUAUUUCAAGUCAAAGAUAUAAUAUUCGUGUUUUCAAUAAUUAUAAGAUAUUGAUGUUUAAAGUAUUUUUAAUAAUAUAAUAAUAAAAAUAUAAUUCUUAUAUUUAAUUAGAAAUAUAAGAAUUUAUGUUAUCUUUUAUUCAUUUCUUUUUUUUUUAUAUAUCAAUAGACACAAAAAACGUAGAAAACGUUAGAAAACGUAAAGAAGAAAAUUAAUUUUCCUCAAGUAUCGAUCUUCAAUUUAUACGAUACUUUGAACAUAAAACAUCUUAUGAUCCAGUUCAAGCAGUUAUCUUUAAUAUCGUAAUCAUUUAAAUGUAUAUAGCAAUCUUUUAAACGUAUCGGCCUUAUUAUAUCACCGAGGAUGAAAGUAUUUUUUUUUUUUUUUUUUUUACUAAAUAUUUUAACGAAAUGUAUUUAGAAUAAAUACGAAAAUGUACAAGGGAACAUUAGAAAACGUACAAUGAUUAUUUCCUGUUUACCGGUUGUUUAUAUAAUAUUAGCGGGAUAUCAUGUAACGAAGCUCUUUAUCAUUUUAUUUACACUUUCUUCAAAAAUGCAAGAUUUUCAAUAUUACAACUAUCGUAUGAAAUAUUAAAAAAAAAAGAAAAAAAAGAAAAAAAGAAAAA